AUGAAAUUUUCUCUUUCUAUCGUACCUUCUAUUUUUUUCCUUUUUGGAUCAUUGAAUAAGGAAAUUACUCCUUUUUCUCUUCAAUCACUCAAUAAUUUUGAUGGGAAUAUUCCAAUUCAUCCAUUUUCACCACCAGAAUUAUCACCAGAAGUAAUUAGAGAAAAAAGACAAGCGUAUCAGGUAUAUGUUCAUGGAGAUGUCUCUGUAACUGUUGACAAAUCAGGAAAUGCCGAAUCUGGUAAUUGGGGAUCAUGGAAUUUAGAAAAAGAAUGUUCACGUACCUGUGGUGGUGGUGUUCAAAUAGAAAAAAGAGUAUGUAAUGGAGAAUGUACAGGUCCUUCAACACGUUAUGUUUCCUGUAAUACAGAAGAAUGUGAAGGUGAUAAUGACUUUAGAAGUGAACAAUGUGCAAAACAAAAUGAUAUACCAUUUGAUGGUAAUUAUUAUAAAUGGCUUCCAUACAAAGGAAAGAAUAAAUGUGAAUUGACAUGUAAACCAGAUAAUCAAAAAUUUUAUUACAAAUUUAGUGAUAAAGUUGUUGAUGGUACUAAAUGUGAAGAACAUUCUGAUGAUAUUUGUGUUGAAGGUGUAUGCCUCCCAUUAGGUUGUGAUGGAAAAUUAGGAUCAUCAUUAAAAAAAGAUAAAUGUGGUGUUUGUGGAGGUGAUUCUAGUACUUGUAAAACAGUUGAAGGUUUCUUUGAUGAAAGAAAUCUUUCACCUGGUUAUCAUGAUAUUAUUAAACUUCCCGUUGGUGCUACAAAUAUUAAAAUUGAAGAAAUUAGACCAACAACAAAUUCACUUGCUAUUAAAGGAGCUAAUGGUGAAUUUUAUCUCAAUGGAAAUAACAAACUUCAACCUGCUGGUACUACUAUUCGUGUUGGUGGUGUAGCAUUUAGAUAUGAAGCUACUAGUGCUGAUAGUUCAUCUUAUGAAAAACUUUAUGCUCUUGGUCCAUUAACUGAGGAAUUAACUAUUUCACUUCUUUUUAAUAGAGGAAAUAAAGAUUCAGCUGUUAGAUAUGAAUUUAGUGUUCCACUUGAAGAGUCUCCAUAUUUAUAUAAAUUUGAUGAAUGGACACCUUGUUCUGUAACAUGUGGAAAAGGACUUCAAACAAGAAAUUUAUAUUGUGUUGAUACUGAUAAUGGAGCUCGUGUUCAUGAUGAAAUGUGUGAAGGACAAAAUGUAACUAAACCAGAUACUGAGAAAUCAUGUGAAACUAUUGAUUGUGAACCAGAUUGGUAUGUUGGUGAAUGGGAACCAUGUUCAGAAACAUGUGGUGAUUCUGGAAUUCAAUUUAGAGUUGUCUAUUGUCACUCAACUUUUGCUGAUGGUAGAAAAAUUACCAUAGACGAUGAUAAUUGUACUGAAACUAUGAAAAGACCUGAAACAAAGCAAAAUUGUAAUAGAUUUAGUUGUCCAGAAUGGCAAGCCGGUCCAUGGUCAUCAUGUAGUGAAAAAUGUGGUCCAGCUAAACAAUAUCGUUCUGUUACUUGUAGAUCAGAAAAAGAAUCAGAGGAAGGUAAACUUCUUCCAGCUGAUGCAUGUAAUUCAGAAGAAAAAAUGGAAUCUGAAAGAGAAUGUAAUCUUGGACCAUGUGAAGGUCUUAAUUUUGUUACUGGUGAUUGGAAAGUUUGUCAAAGAUGUAAUGAUACUGAAGAAACAAGAGAUGUAUCAUGUCAAGAUACUAAUGGUCGAAAAUAUGCUUUAGAAAAAUGUCUUACUGGUAAUAUUACAAAAAUUCCAGAUAGUGAAAGAUCCUGUGCAACACCACAACCAUGUAUUUAUGAAUGGACUACAAGUCAAUGGUCUAAAUGUUCAACUGAAUGUGGUCAUGGACAUCAAACUAGAAAAGUUGUUUGUGCCAUCUCUGAACUUGGAGAUAUAACUAUUGUUGAUGAAGGUCUUUGUGGAGGAGAAAAACCAGAUAGUAAGCAAAAUUGUACAAAUGAAGAAAAAUGUACAGGAACUUAUUUCACGGGACCAUGGUCUAACUGUUCAGAAUCAUGUGGAGGUGGAGUACAAACAAGAAUGAUUGUAUGUCUUAACUAUGAUAAACAACCUGUUCCAGAAUGGUGUGAUGAAUCAACAAAACCAAUUGUUGAACAAGAGUGUAAUGUUGAAAAAUGUAAGACUUGUGAAGAUGGUGAAUUUGGAUGUUGUCCAGAUGGUGUAACAGAAGCAACCGGUAAAUUUAAUGAAGGAUGUUCUAAUUGCACUAUCACUGAAUUUGGUUGCUGUAAUGAUAAUGUUACAAUUGCAACUGGACCAAAUAGUAAAGGAUGUCCAGAAUAUAUUGAACAAGAAGCUUCUGGAGAAGAAAUUGAAAAAGAAGAGGUUAAAGAAAAUGAAAUUGGAACAACUAUUUCACCAGAAAGUGAUAGUAGUGGACCAACAGAAGAACCAAAAAUGUGUAUAGUUAAGAAUGAAGAAACUGGAGAAGAAGCUGAAGUUCCAUGUGCUUCAGCAAUUUCAGAAACUGAUGAUGAGGAGUUCCCUGUAUCUGAAAAUAAGACAAUUCAUUGUUCAGACACAGAAUUUGGUUGUUGUCCUGAUUGGUAUACACCAGCUACUGGUAAAGAUUUUGAAGGAUGUCCUGAAUUUAUUCUUGGAUCAUGUGCAGAUACAGAAUAUGGUUGUUGUUUGGAUAAUGUUACUCUUGCUCGUGGACCAAAUCUUGAAGGCUGUGGUGAUCCAACAUGUGCAGCUUCAUUAUUUGGAUGUUGUAAAGAUAGAAAAACAAUUGCUUUUGGAGCACAUUAUGGUGGAUGUGAUAGAUCUUCUUUCCCAUGUGAAUUAACAGAAUUUGGUUGUUGUGCUGAUGGUGAAACUGCUGCUUUAGGUAAAAAUGGUACUGGUUGUGGAGCAAAUUGCCUUCUUACAAAAUAUGGAUGCUGUCCAGAUAUGGUUACAGUAGCUAAAGGUAUUAAUAAUGAAGGAUGUGGAUGUCAAUAUGCUAAAUAUGGUUGCUGUCCAGAUGGUAAAAGUGAUGCUAAAGGUCUUAACUUUAUUGGAUGUCCUGAAUCAUGUGCUACCUCACAAUUUGGAUGUUGUCCUGAUGGAAAAACACCAGCUAGAGGUUCUAGAAAUGAAGGAUGCCCAUGUCAAUACACAAAAUGGGGAUGUUGUUCUGAUGGUGAAACAGCUGCCAGAGGACCAAAUUCAGAAGGAUGUGAUAACUGUCAUUACUCAAAAUAUGGAUGUUGUCAUGAUGGAACAACAGCUGCUAAAGGUAAAAAUUAUGAAGGAUGUCCAGCUACAACUGUUGCUCCAUUCCUUGUAGGAGGAACUGUUGAUCCAUUAAUGAUUCAAGCUUGCUCUCUUCCACAAGAUAGAGGAAUAUUCUGUGGUAGUGGUUACAAAUUAAUGUAUUACUUUGACAAUGAAUCAGGUGAUUGUACAGCUUUCUGGUAUUCUGGAUGUGAAGGAAACAAAAAUCGUUUUGCUUCAGCUGAUCAAUGUAAAACUGUUUGUAUUGAACCACCAGGUAAAGGACGUUGUCUUCUUCCAAAACAUGAAGGUAACCAAAAUUGUCAAGAACGUGUUGUUCGUUAUGCUUAUGAUGCACGUUCCAAAUCUUGUGUUGGAUUCUGGUAUAGUGGAUGUGGAGGAAAUUCAAAUUCAUUUGCUUCAUGGAAUGAAUGUAAAACAGAAUGUGAAGAUGUAGAAUUUAUUGUUGACAAUGUUGCUGAGGAACAACAAGUUGAGGAUGAAUCAGAAGAACAUAAUGCUGAAAAUAGUGAUGUUCAACCUCAAAAUACUGAAGUAGUACAUGAAGAAAGUCCACAAAGACCACCAAGUGACUUCAAUGAUAAGAUAACACAAAUGGCUAUUGAAGAUGCAAGAAAAAAACAAGAAGAAAUAGAAAGAGAGGUUCGUGAAAGAGCUGAACGUGAAAAAGCUGAACGUGAAAGAUUAUAUCAAGAACAAUUAAGAAAACAUUAUGAAGCUAUUGAACAAAGAAAAAAAGAAAAUGAAGAAAGGUUAUCUAAACAAGGAACACCACCAAAAGUAGAAAAUCUUCAAUAUCCUAUACAACAAGUUCAAGUUUCAAAUCCUACUGUUCCUAAACAAGUAUUUAAAAAAAGUGAAGCAUGUUCUUUACCUAAACAAGUUGGUAGAUGUCGUGGAAAUUUCCCAUCAUAUUAUUAUGAAAUUGCUACAGGAACAUGUAUGGAAUUUAUGUUCUCUGGUUGUGGUGGAAAUGCCAAUCGUUUCCAUACAAAAGAACUUUGUGAAAAUGCUUGUAUGAAACCAGUAUCAGUUGAAGAAGAAGCACAACCUCAAGUUCAACCUCAAAGAAGUUCAUCAAUAUCUAUUUGUGAUUUAGAUAAAGAUAGUAGACAAUGUUCAAGUUUCACACCAAAAUGGUAUUAUAAUAAGAAAGAUGGUACAUGUUCAAGAUUCCAUUGGGGUGGAUGUGAAGGUAGUACCAAUAAAUUUGAUACAGAAGAAGAAUGUAAACAAACAUGUGGAAAUCAUAUUUCUCCCUGUAAAUUACCUAAAGUAACAGGACCAUGUGCUGGAAAGAAAGAAUUUUAUUAUUUCAAUAGAGAUACCCAAAAAUGUGAAACUUUCAUUUAUGGAGGUUGUUUAGGAAACAUCAAUCGUUUUGAUACUCUUGCCGCAUGUCAAGGAACCUGUCCACUUCGUGAGUAA